AUGGCUUUCAUUGAUUUGGAGAAAGCAUAUGACAGAGUCCCAAGGGACGAAAUAUGGAGAAGCAUGAGAGAACAGUGCGUGUCAGAGAAGUAUGUGAGGUUAGUGAAGGAAAUGUACAGAGGAGCAAUGACACAGGCGAGAAGUAGUGUGGGCAUGACAAAGGAGUUUCCAGUGAAAGUAGGGUUACAUCAAGGGUCUGCGCUUAGUCCCUACCUCUUUGACAAAAUUAUGGGUGUGCUGGUGAAAGAUGUGAAGAAGGAAGCGCCGUGGAAUAUGAUGUUUGCGGAAGCUGUGGUUCUUUGUGAGCAGAGCAUCGACAGACUUGAGGAAAAGCUGGAGGAUUGGAGGAAGGCACUAGAAGGAAGAGGGAUGAAAAUUAGCAGGACAAAGUCAGAAUAUUUAGCACUGAAGGAUGUGCAGAUGAGGUCUCGCAAGAUCCAGGACGAUGAGCUGAAAUCGGUCUGCAAAUUUAAAUACCAGGGGUCGUACAUACAGAGGGACGGAGGACUGGAAAGCGAUAUACGACACCGAAUAAAUUGCGCAUACAAGUCUUUACAGAGGCGUCGACCGAAAUACGGGCUGAAAGAAGAGGUGGUUCUGAUAACAGGUGCUAGUUCCGGCUUAGGCGAGGUACUGGCUCACGCUUUCUACCGAGCUGGAUGUAGAGUUGUCCUUGCAGCACGACGUGAAGAUGAACUCAGAAGAGUAAAAAAUAUGUUAUUAACUACACACAGUACUGAUGUUACGCAUCCUUCUGUUGUUUUUCCCCUGGAUCUUUCUGAUUUGAAUGCUUUACCAGGAAAAGUAGCAAAGGUUCUUGAAAUUUUUGGAGUGUAUAUUUUAAUAAAUAACGGAGGAAUCAGUUAUCGGGGCAAUAUACUGACAACAUCCAUUGAUAUCGAUGUCAAACUCAUGCUUAUUAAUGCCUUUGGGCAGAUGGCACUAACAAAAGCAGUCCUGCCAUUUUGGAUUGACAGGCAAAGUGGUCACAUACUGUCAGUGAGCAGUGUUCAAGGGAAGAUAGCUAUUCCUUACAGGUCUGCCUACAUCGCCUCAAAGCAUGCGGUCCAAGCGUUUAGUGACACUCUGAGGGCAGAAGCUGCUGCACACAAUAUAAAUGUUGCUGUUGUGAGCUCAGGAUACAUUCAUACAAAGCUGUCUGUAAAUGCAUUGACAGGAAAUGGAGAGGCUUGUGGAGUCACGGAUUCAGCAACAGAAAAUGGUUCACCAGUGGAGAAAGUGGUUAAGGACAUCCUGUAUGCUGUUGCAACAGAAAAAAAGGAACUUACAAUAUGCUCAUUUGUAGCCCAUAUAUCAGUUCUGCUUAGAACAUUGUACCCGGAGCUGUUCUUCUGGUUAAUGAAAAAAAAGAGCUCAUCAACAUUAGGAAGAACUUCCUAUUUAUUUGCCCCAUCUGUUUAA